CGCUAACAUUUUUGAGGACAGUAAGCAGGACCAAGGCUGCAGGGGAUCCAUACCAAAGGAUACUUCUGGAGUGGACUUAGCCAACUUAGGCAGCAGCAGGUGUGGAUGGCUUCCUUGAUUCCUUUGGCCAAUCAUCUGAUGGGAAAUCCAGUUGUCAACAUUUCUUGCACUAGAAGUUUCCGUUCUUUUUUUUUUUUCAGCCAGAUUUGUGUAUUAAAACAACUUCUACAAUGGAGGAAAGCUGAGUCUUGACCUGAAAACUAAGAUUUGGAGGAAAUUUGGAAAAAAUGCUACCAGUUGGAUCUUGCACUGUUUGCGGAGAAUGAACAUGUUUAAAUUCAUAUGUUUUGGAAGUAUUGCCCAUAGAACCGGGGGGACACUGAACCCUCAUGUCUGGCGUAAAUGAGUUGGUGCGUGUCAGCUGUCUGUGCAUGCCAACCACUGAAGAUAACAACACCAAAGAGCACGCGUGCACGUCAUAAACAACAUCUGAUGAGUGCUUUUGAUUAGGAAGCAACUCGUGUCAUUUUAACUAGCGCUCUCCACCCUGUUAUGUCUCGGCCAGAAGUAUGACAGCCAAGAAAGUGUGUACAUAGUAGUGAUAGUAGCCCUAGUGUAAACUGCAAGGAGCGUGUGGAGCAGCGGGGCGGUGGUUUUCCAGAUAACUGGGAUUGCCUAAUUGCGUCUUUGGGUUUUGGGAAUUGUGCCCGGAGUUUAAAAGCACAAAGGGAGAGAAGAAAGAUGCAAUUAUUUAGCCUGACUUUUGGAUCUUAUUGCAGAUUCAAUGGCUCUAGAAAAUCUAUAUAAAACUAUAACACUUUUUGGACUGUGGAUUAUGCCAAUUUGGACCUGAAAUUUAAAUAUUUGGGAUUCCAGUGCUGUUUCAUAAUCUGGAUUACAAACCUUGUCUACAAUGUACAUCUGAAUAUCUGUGGAUUAGAGAUUACAAUUUUCACCACCACUUUUCUUGCUUCUACAUUGAUCUUCUGCCCCUGCAAGCAUGAGAGGUGAUAGGAGAUCAUCUUCUUUUCGUAAAGACAAGCCUGUGGGACUGUCUCGUGCCCUCAGCUGGCUCAAUGUGUCCACUCUGUCCCGCCAGAGCAGACGCAUGUUCCACAGUCAGAGUGAGCUGCAUGGCCGUCACACACUGUCACACACUCACCUCCACACUGCUAAUGGAGAAGACCCACACGACGAUGACAACUGGGUAUAUCAGCCUCAGCAUAAAAUAGCUGUAUCCAAUCUUGACGAGGAAAGCAAAUGGACUGUUCAUUACACAGCUCCGUGGCACCAACAGGAAAAUGUCUUUCUACCAGGCAGUCGGCCGCCUUGUGUAGAGGACCUCCACCGCCAGGCCAAAGUCAACCUCAAGACUGCACUAAGAGAAUGUGACAAACUGAGGAAGGAUGGUUUUCGGAGUUCCCAGUACUACUCUCAGGGUCCCACAUUCUCAGACCCCCUACAGACGGGCAGCGUCCAGGACGAGGAGGAUGAAGACAAUGACAAGAAGUCAAUAACAUCAUCAGCAGAAGAUGACAAGUCCCAACUGUCCAUGAGGUCCCAGACUCCUCAGGGCUGUGUUGAGGACAGGGAGGGGUCAGAGGUGGACGGUCAAGUGGUUUGGACCAAGGCCACACCCCUCCCCACGCCUGAGGAGAGGAUGAGACAGGCUGCUCAGGCUGUGCCCACUGACAUUGUUCCUAUUAAUGUAACAGGCGAAGUGUUUGACCGACAGGCAAGCAUCCGGCGCUCCCUCAUUAACACUGACACCGUGUCCCGAAGGCCCAAGAAGGUCAAACGCAGAAAGACUAUAUCAGGGCUGCCAGACAACUUCAACCUGGAUUUAGCACCACCAGGACGCUGUGGGGAUGCACGACCUCAUUCCAUGUUCAUCCCGGGACAAUAUUCCACUUUGGGGCGAACCGGAAGUAUGAACUCAAUGCUCCGGAGGUCAGUGACUAGAGACUCUUGCUCUCAGACAGAGGAGGUGAAAAUAGUCCCUCCGUCCAUGAGGAGGAUCCGCGCACAAAGGGGACAGGGUAUUGCUGCACAGAUGGCAGGGAUUUCAGCUUCAUCCUCUACUGGAAGUAUAUCCAUCUCCAGUACAGACAGCUCUGGGAUAGUCAUGAUGCCUCAGUAUAAUGGAGAUGUGUCCCGGUUUCACAGCCUGCCCCGGGGUGCCAGGGUGUCUCUAAGUGCUGAUCCCAUUUACAGCAGCACCCCCAUUAAAUCAGAAGAGCACGGGACACCACAGGGCCGCAUUGGCAAACUUCAGGUGGAUGAUACAGCGGUUCACAUGAGAAGUGCCCCAAGAACAGGCACUCUGCCCCGUCCCAAGUCCCAAGAGGUCAGAGGGAGCCAGGUCAGUGAGUGGGGUGGAGGUCCGGCCUGUGUGGUGUCCCCUCAUGCAGCGUACUCCACCUCUCUCAUUCCAAAUGCCAUGAUGUCCAGCUCCUCUGAGGUCAUUACAUUAAACUCAUCUGGGCAUAGCCCGCCCACUGCAAUAGUUCUACCCAACGGUCGCCCCCUUAGUGUGGCAUCAAGCAUAGAUACCCUGACAUCCAGUCCUGCACCCUUCAGUCACAGCAGCACCUGUCCUGCUCUGGCCACUUCCACUCCAGUGUCUAAAGCUCAGAGUGCGGGCACUGCCCCAACGAGUGAGUCUGGACACUCAGACAGCAGUGCACACAGCCACAGUACACUGGCCCCUACACCUCCCUGUUUGCCAGAGGAGCAGUGGAUCUAUGACACACCUGAAAAUGUAGUGGCCCCACAUCGUUCACUGACCUCCAGCUGCUCCACACCCAUAAACCAGCUGUACAGCAGCCUGGACCGUUCCUCCAGGACCACCACAGAUUCCAGCUCGGUCUACUCCCAGGACAACGAUGGCUACUUCACCUCCAUGCACCUGGAUUCAGGCCUGCGCUCACGCAGCCACGGCAGUGGCCAUGGGGCGGCCAUCGGACGGGCCACUAGACACAGCAUGUACGAGUGUCGGGAGCUGGCCAAUCAUGAGGACUCUACAAGUUUGUACAGUGAUAAAUCUCUGUCCCGAAGCAUCUCUCUGCGCAAAUCUAAGAAGCCGCCUCUGCCCCCAGCCCGUACAGACUCUCUGCGACGCAGACCUGGGGAGAAGAAGCCCCUGGGAGGUGUGAGUGCGAUCAGCGGAGGCUCUGAGUCUGUGCUCAAUGAGAGCCUCAUCGCCAGUCUGCAGCAGAGCUUACAGAUGGGACUGAGAGCAGGCAAAGGAAAAGGAGCAUCACCUUCAUCACCCUCCCACAGCCCGAGCAGUGACUAUGACGACCCGUGGGUGCUGCGGCCGCGCAGUCAUAGCAGCAUCAGUGCUGGCAGCUCAGCAGCGUCGCUGGGAGUGCACUCUGGUGUAGUUUCAAACAUGUACUCACUUUGCCAAGUGACUCCUGCUCAGAGCGAGACCAGCAGCCUGCGCUCAGACUACGCAGAGUCCUGGGGCUACUACAUGGACUACCCUCGAGGCCAGACUGACCAGAGGGCACAGUCUCCUGCUGCCACCUCCACAGAGACUGUCUCAACAGGGGUGAACUCUGGAGAUCUCCAAAACAAUGGGGACAAUAACAAUGUACAGUCUCCUACAGCUCAGCAGGGAGUGGCAGUGAAGCCGAAAACCUCACCUGACAGAGUACAUAGACUCACCUCUCCCUCUAGUGGCUACUCCAGCCAGUCCAACACACCCACCGCCGGGACACCUGUACCCUCAUUCGUCCGCUCCAUGUCCCCUUCAGGGAGUCGCCCUCCAAAACCCAAAGUCCCAGAGAGAAAGUCCUCCCUCAUCUCCUCUGUGUCAAUGUCCUCUUCAUCUACUUCUCUGUCCUCCAACACGUCAGACUCUCUCAAAAACCCACCUCCUCCUCCUCCACCACCCCCACUGCCUGUCUUCUCCUCCUCUGCUCCCACAACCCCUCUGAGUCCCCCACCACUCUUCCCUGCCCCUCUGCCUCCCUCGUCCCCUCCCACUCCUCCACCACCUCCGCCACUACCACCCACCCCACCAGCCCAGACACUAAGCCCGCCCCCUGCCUGUUCCACUUCCCCUGAGUUUCCUCCUCCUCCAUCCCCUAAUGCUCUAAUCCCCCCCAGCUCAUCCUUCAAUGGCAGCUUCAGUCCUCCUCCUCCUCCACCCCCAUACCCCAAUGUGGAUCCCCCUCUGCCGCCGCCACUGGCUCCCUUUGUCGCGUCAUCUUCCUCUCAAUCUGUUGUCCCAACACCAAAGCAGCAGCCCCCCAAAGAGGCUCUGUCCGAUAACGCUAUGCCAUCACCCAAGCCCCUCAUCACACCAUUUGCCCUGCAGAGUGUCCAGCUCCGAUCAGUAAAACGUCCUGACAAAGAAAUUGAUAGCAGCACAGACUUUCACCUCAGCAAUGACACGAAACCUGAAAGUUAUGACUCCAGCCCCCAGAAUGACACUCAAAAUGACUGUACUGAAGAUGUGUCCCGCCAGUCGUCCCCCUCUCCUGUCUCAAAGCUUUUAGAGGAGUUGUCUCUAGACUCUAGUUUCAUCAAUGAGUACCAACACUUGAAUGGUAAAGACAACUACAAUAACCAUGACGCAAUGCAAAUCUCCCCACAGACCUCUCCUGUCAAACAGCCUCCAGCAGUCUCCAAAAAACCCAAAAACCCCUUCAUGCCAUCAGUUACACCCCAGCCUCUUAUAGAGCAGUGUCAAAAUCAAGAACAAAAUGGACAUUUGCCUACAGAAGAUCAGGCAGAUUCACUUACAAAAGAAGUUGAGUUAAAAAAUGGGCUGCAGGAAGAUGGGGAAACUUCAGAGAGCUCCGAGCCUUUAACAGAAAGCAGCGAAACAUUGACAGACCCACAAGAAGAAAACUCCAACAUGUCUGCUCCAAUCAGCCCAGAGUUGAGUGUGUGUACCAAUGGACAUGAUGAGGAGGAGGAGGAGGAAGAGGAAGAGGAGGAGGAAGGUGAUGGAACGAGCAGCACAAGUGGAUCUGUCAGCUCCAAAGAGGAUGACGCAGGUGAGGUAUUUCAUUCCAGCAGCACGGCAGACUCGUCACCAGUUCAGUCCAAAGGGGCGAGCAUGGUGACCCCUACGCCCUCCCGUCCCAGAACCACGGAGGACCUCUUUGCGGUCAUUCACAGGUCCAAGAGGAAGGUCCUGGGUCGCAGUGUGUCAGACGAUGAGCGAACACGACCUGGUUCUCACCCCUCUUCUCCCCCAGUGACCCCCACAGGCAGCUCCACUGGCCUGGCCUCUUCUUUGCCCCGUCAGACCAGCUCCAUCCAGAGAUCUCUGCGCAAAUCCUCCACCAGCAGCGACACCUUCAAAGCCCUACUGCUGAAAAAGGGCAGCCGCUCCGAGACCAGUUUUCGCAUGUCCGCUGCAGAAAUGCUGCGCUCCACAGACCCACGCUUUCAGAGGACACGCUCCGAAUCUGCCCUGGAACCCCCUGCCUCCCCCGGAUCGCCCUCCUUUGCCCCCCACAGCCCCUGCGCAUCACCAGGCCGCAGUAAAAGACCCUCGGAGGAGUGGAACCGCUAUGACUCUGUGCCCCUCCCCUCACCCACGUCCCCCUCUUUUGCGUUUAGUGGGAUGAAAUACGGACGAUCACGCACGCCGCCCUCUGCUGCCAGUAGCAAGUACAACGCCCGCAGUAGGAUACUCAGCAGCCCCAUGACUGUUAUAUGUGAACGAGAGGGAGAGUGGGGGGAGAGUGAGUACAACGAUGCAGUGGACAGCCUUUCAGCUCUCAAUGACUCCAAUGGCACUUUAUCUGAAGAAAGCAGGAGUUAGAUGGACUAUGAUUUACAGAAAUGAACUUUUAGAGUAUGCCCCCAAGACUGGCACAAGCAAAGACACGCCACUGUUCCAUUUGGAGGUCAGAUGUGGCACUGGUUCAGUAAUGUUUCAACAGUUUCCUUAGUUUUUUUUGGUUAAAUAAUGCAUCAUGUUUUGCUUCAUACACAUUGUUGCCUAUGAAGUUGUGAUUCUUAAAGCUGCAAUGGUCAGGCUUAAACCAAGUACUACCUAAUAAUAAAGUAUUUGGAUUUCAAAGUACAAAUAGGACUAGACUGAGAACAAAUAUAGUCUAAACCAGGUCUAAAAUGGGACAAAAAAUACAUGUUAUUACCGCAGUUUUAGAAAGCUCUUGUUAAUGAUACCUUAUGUAAAUAUAAAUAGGAAUAAAGGGAGCUGUGUCAGAAAGCAGGAUUAUUUCAGCUUUAUGGGCAAAAAUGUGUAUUUACUCAUCCAACCAUGCAUUUCUUUUGAACAAUCACAAACAGUCUUUGCAGUGGUGCUAUGUAGCAGGCAACGUCCUGGGCAGAUUUGAAUGUAGAACGGUAGCUCUUCUGCAAAUUGUGGUACUUCUGUGGGAUACUUUGCAGAGGGCUUGACGCUGCCAACCAAGUUAAAUGUUAUUGUACAAAGACUUGACCCUAACUGCAAAUUUACUCUAAAACAUGAUUUGUGUUGUUUCGUUUUAGUUUGUAGAUUUGCAUUGUGCAUAGUCAUUAUCUUUGUAUUGUUGUUUUAAAGAUUGUUUUAAAAUUAUGUCAUGUUUUGUUUUGGAAUAAAUAUGUAUAACUGUAAAGCUAAAAUGACAGAGGAAAGUCUAUUUUAGUUAUCAUGAUGGUUACCAAAGAGCUGAAAAGUUAAACAAGUUAUUACAAAUAACAAUCUGAAGGGUGUGGCCACUUGUCAUUGUUUUCACCUGCUAAAAUCGCCUGAAUAACUCUAUCCUUUUGCAGUUUUAUAUGGUUCUGUAUGUACAUAUAAAGAGAAAUGAGUUUUAAGUAACAUUUCACUUAUUCUCAAAAAUCUUUGUACUAUUUUAGUAGCCCUGUGUUUGCUGAAAGGGAGUGGUUUUCCUUUUUUUUUUGUAUAUUAUUUAUUUGAAAGUAGCAGGGCUGUAACUUCAGUGACCUGGUCCAAGCAGUUGAACAGAGAUUGGUCAAAAUGUAGUUGUAUUGGUGUUUAAAAUGCAAUAAUAUUUAAGUUUUUGCCUUUGACUGCCCUUCAUAUUUAGAUUUGACUUGACUUAUGGGCAUUGCAAAGUCAUGUGAAUUUUUAAUUAAAGUUAUAAUUUUUUUGUCCAAUCUCCAAUCAACUGCUGACUUACUUGAGCACUUUGGGUCGGGUUCAUCUCAUGCCUCAAACAGCAAAAAUGAAUCGUAAAAAAUAAGACGAAGGCAUAAUGAAGGCUGGUUGCUCAUGUGUAUAUGUCUGUGUAAUUAAACAA